AUGAUCCAUCGUUAUGUGCUCCUUUCCAUUCUACUGCUGCUACCGAUCACUGUUACCUGCUACAAAAUGCUGCUUCUCGUCUCUGACCUCUCUCCAAGUCAGGUUGUUUUCAAUCGUCGAGUAGCAGAGACGCUGGCGAACGCAGGUCACGAUGUUACAAUGACAAUUUUUACAGGAGUAAAUGAUUCCGAUUCGAAAUUCGUGGACAUCGCGAAAAAUGUCAAAAUCUAUCGAGUCUACUCGUCUUUCGGAUUCGAUAAGAAAGAUUAUGAGAAAGAAAUUGCAAAAAAUUCAUUUGAGGAUCCGUCGGGAGGGAUUUUUAGGAUAUUUGAGGAGUUGAAUAUGUUUUCGGCGGUGCUUGAAGAGUAUUGUCGAAAAGCGGUUGAGAAUAGAGAAUUCCUGGAAUGGCUAACAGCGGAGCGAUUUGAUUUGGCUUUUGUUGACGUCUACAAUGUCUGCCAUAUUGGUUUGAUUCAUUACGCCAGAAUUCCAUCGUGGAUUUGGUUGAGCAGUGGUCCAUUGGAGGAUUUUGUCGCCUACUUUAUGGGAGUACCAACAAUACCUAGCUAUAUGCCUCCAACACUAAUGGAAAGCUCUGACCAUAUGAAUUUUAUGGAGAGGACGAAGAGUCUAACUGGACACGGAUUAACUCAUUGUUUCUGGGGAAAAUAUUUCGCUGAUCCCAUCACUACUGUGUUUAGAGAAUUGAUUGAUCCCGAGUUUCCUGAUGUAGUUCAUAUUGCAAAGAGAUGUCCGCUGGUUAUGGUGAAUUCAAAUGAACUUAUUGAACUUCCACGACCAACACUUGCAAAAAUUGUAAACAUCGGUGGAGUUGGAUUUCAGCUAAAAGACGCAAAACCACUACCAGCAGAAUUCCAACGAAUUGUGGAUGCGGCUGAGAAUGUGGUGGUAUUUUCUUUUGGAUCAAUAGCGCCUAGCCAUUUAAUUCCUAUGAGUUGGAAAAUCGCCUUCAUUGAUGCAUUUAAACGUUUUCCAAAGUAUCACUUCAUAUGGAGAUAUAUGGGAACGGAUCUACAAGAUAAAAUUCCUUCAAAUGUCCACACAUUUAAAUGGUUGCCACAAUCAGAUCUUCUGAAAAAUCCAAAAACAAAAGCAUUCAUAUCACAUGGAGGGUAUAACAGUCUGAUGGAAGCAAUCACAGCCGGAGUUCCGCUGAUUACCAUAGCAUUAUUUGGGGAUCAACCUAAGAAUGCUAAACUAGCCGAGCGAUUCCAUUAUUCCGUUAACAUCCCCAAACAGGAUGUCAAUGCUGAUACGAUAUUUAAAGCUCUAAAUAAAUUAUUUCAAGACCAAAGCUAUACACAACAAAUCAAACGAGUAUCAGAAAUGCUGAAGAAAAAACCAGUCACUUCCUCUCAUCUACUGGUCUCAUGGGCUGAAUUUGUAGCCGAAUUUAAAACGUUGGAUAAUCUUGUUCCAGCCGGGAACAAACUGAAUUUUUUCCAGUAUUAUUCUCUUGACGUAUUUGCUUUUCUUUUACUUGUCACUGCAAUAACUCUGUAUGUUUCAUGGAAGUUUGUAGCGUUUUUAGCGGUAAAAUUAUGUUCGAGAUUAUUCCGAUCGAAAAAAGAAAAGAAAGCUUGA